CCUAUGGCAGUACUAUGCGCAUCUCUACCGCAGAGGCGACGCGCGCUAAGGCGGGAAAAUUUUCAAAUAUAGAAUUUUCUUUUUUUUUUUGUCACACAUAUUUUACGGCAAAAGUACAUAGUAGUAAUAUCGUGCAUUUUUUAAAUUCGAUUAGUGCCAGUAUUAUGUAAUUAAAAUAUUAUUUUUUAUUCUUUUUUUUAAAUAAGGUGACAGAAAAAGAAUAUCAGUGGCGUCGUACUGCACGCUAAGAAAUAAGUACGUAAAGGAAAAAAGUGAACAACUAUUAAAAUGGUGAACAAAAUGUACAAAGUUACGUCGACGAAAAUAAAGAAAACUGGAAGCAAACACAAUCAAAUAUUGAUGUCAAUUGUUGUAUGCAUGCCAAUCCUCGCUUACGGCACAGCUAUGGGUUGGAUCUCACCACAUCGAGCUUUACUAAUGAGUGACGCGUCACCAUCAGGCACGACCUUUACUGAAGAAGACGUGUCUUGGAUGGCCUCUAUCAUGUUCAUCUUCGCGCCUAUAGCCGUGUUCCUGUAUGGCGUCGCAGCUGAUAGGUUUGGGAGGAAGCGAGCGCUUCAGUUUGUCACUUUACCCAUUGCUCUGGGCUGGGCAGUGAAGCUGGUAUCUGCCCAUCCCGCAGCGCUGAUCUGCGCACGCGCAUUCAUCGGUUUCGGCUCGGGAGGGGGGUUCGUGGUGGUCCCCCUCUAUGUAAAAGAGAUUAGUGAAGACAGAAUUCGAGGAAUGACUGGGACUUUCGUCAUAUUCUCACAGACAGUGGGAAACCUAUUGGUGUUCAUACUGGGAGACCAGCUACCCUUCCACACGGUGCUGUGGAUACUAUUGGCCAUUCCUCUCGUCCACUUCUGUAUUUUGCUCAGACUGCCUGAGACGCCAUCAUAUUUGAUCAAGUGCGGAAAGAAUGAGGAAACGGCAAAGGUGCUGAGCUGGCUGCGCUCCUUACCACCAGACGAUGUUCAGAUCAAGGAGGAAAUGGACAGGCUGAUCAUAGAACAGACUACAUGUGACCCUAAGUUCUCACCCAAAUUGCUUUUUGCCGACAAGACAGCAGUGAAAGCAUUCUGGGUCGCUCUUAUAGUGAAUCUAACCAGAGAGUUUUGCGGCUGUAUAGCUGUGCUUGUCUAUGCCAGUCAGAUCUUCAAGAAGGCGUCAAAUAAUGAAGACACCAGUAUUGGACUGUCGCCUAAUAAGCAAUCGAUUUUGCUCGCUGCCGUCCAGAUUUUUGGGUCGUUUUUGGCGUGUCAGCUUGUUGAUAGAGCGGGAAGAAAGCCUCUACUGGCAGUGACCAGCGUGUUAGCCGGCUUCAGUAUGUGCCUGCUAGGAGUGUGGUUCUACUUGCAAAGUGUGUCAGUGUACAUGCCUGGCUGGGUGCCAAUCGUGGCACUGUGUGUGUGCAUAUUCGCAGACGCGUCUGGACUACAGCCGCUGCCAUUUGUCAUAAUGACUGAGAUGUUCAGUUUUCAGCUAAGAGGCACAGUCGCGACCCUCAUCAUGGCCAUAUCACUUGGCACCGACUUUGCAUUACUGAAGAUAUUUGCCCCACUCAUAGACUGGAUAGGUUACCACUCCACAUUCUGGCUCUUCAGCAUCGUAUGCCUCUCAAACGUAUUCUAUUUAAUAUUCUGCGUCCCAGAAACAAAAAUGAGAACACUUGAAGACAUCUAUGCAGACUUGGAUGGCAGGAAUAGAAGUAAAAAAGGUGUAGAGAAUAAAAUUGAAAACGCGUGAUAUUCAAAAUGGCCGACAGACGUGGUGAACAAAAUGGCGUCGGUUUGCUUUGACCAAUGUGAUAUUAAAUUAUAUUUUUGUAGAUUGACGAUUGAGUGCUAAUAUAAUAAUUUUAAAUUUA